AUGUACGUUGCAACAACAACAACACGGGCUUGGCAAGCGCUGACAACCUCAGCCAAGAAGGUAGCGACUUUGUAUGGCGGCACACCAAAGUCCCUCGACCGCCUCAUCAAGCCGUUCAAAUGCCCCGGCUCCGCAACACCCACACGAGCCUCGGAGAAGCCGGCGCGGAAGAGGAGAAAGAUUGACUACUCCGGCGCAGACGGUGAUGCAGAGGAUGGUGACAAAGUCUACACGAAUGAGGACCGCCUCGCUCUCGCCACUCGGGAUGUCAACAAGUACCCGGUUUUCAAGGUGAAGGACAAGGACAGCACCUUCCGCCAGCGCUUCUCCGUUCCGUUGCUGAAGAAGGAUGCCGCCGAGUACAACGCAAACCGUCCCGCCCCACUUCUGGGGAUGCGCCAGGGUGCUGUCUUCGUCGCACGUCCGCUGCAUGACCCGACUGGCGAAUUCGCAAUCGUGCUCUACGAUCCCACAAUCGACGAUAAGCCUACGCCGGUUGAGGAGGGCAAAGAUAAGAAGGAGGACGAGGCGGAGAAGACGAAAUUGGAUGUGCCGCUCGUGCACAAGAGCCUGGCGGAUAUCCUCGGGCUGAAGAAAAAAGUUGAGGGACGUCCAAGGGUACCUGUCGUCAUCGACCCACGGUUGGCCAAGGUUCUGCGGCCACAUCAGGUCGAGGGAGUGAAGUUCCUAUACCGCUGCACUACCGGACUUGUCGAUCCAAAGGCUAAUGGCUGCAUCAUGGCGGACGAGAUGGGUCUCGGCAAGACGCUGCAAUGCAUCGCGCUGAUGUGGACGCUUCUCCGGCAAUCGCCGGAUGCUGGGAAAUCAACCAUUCAGAAAUGUGUCAUCGCCUGUCCUUCAAGUUUAGUCAAGAACUGGGCAAAUGAGCUGGUCAAGUGGUUGGGAAAGGACGCCAUCAAUCCGUUUGCGGUGGAUGGCAAGGCCUCCAAGGAGGAACUGAUUCAGCAACUCCGUCAAUGGGCCAUUGCCAGCGGCCGUGCUGUUGUCAGACCGGUACUCAUCGUCUCAUACGAAACGCUUCGUUUGUACGUGGGUGAGCUCAAAAACACGCCGAUCGGCCUGCUACUUUGCGACGAGGGACACAGGCUGAAGAACGACGAGAGCUUGACAUUCACGGCACUCAACGACCUCAAUGUGCAGAAGCGCGUCAUCCUGUCGGGAACACCCAUCCAGAACGACUUGUCCGAAUACUUUGCCCUUCUUAACUUUGCCAAUCCGAACUACCUCGGCACCAAAAACGAGUUCAGAAAGCGCUUCGAGCUUCCCAUUCUGCGCGGUCGUGAUGCGGAUGGUACCGACGAGGAUCGCAAGGUAGGCGAUGAGCGUUUGUCUGAGCUACUCACCAUGGUCAACAAGUUCAUCAUCCGCCGCACGAACGAUAUCCUGUCCAAGUAUCUUCCCCGCAAGUACGAACACGUUGUCUUUUGCAACCUUGCGCCGUUCCAAAAGGACCUGUAUAAUCUUUUCAUCAAGUCUCCGGAGAUUCAGCAGCUGCUCAGAGGCAAGGGCAGCCAACCGCUGAAGGCAAUCAACAUUCUCAAGAAGCUGUGCAACCACCCGGAUCUAUUGGACCUUCCGGGUGACCUACCAGGCUCCGAAGACUGCUUCCCCGAUGACUACGUUCCUAAGGAUGCCCGUGGGCGUGACCGGGACGUCAAGUCGUGGUACUCCGGCAAGAUGGCUGUCUUGGACCGCAUGUUGGCGCGUAUUCGGCAGGAUACCAACGACAAGAUUGUUCUGAUCAGCAACUACACGCAAACGCUGGAUGUCUUCGAGAAGCUUUGUCGCGCACGCCAAUAUGGCAGUCUCCGUCUCGAUGGUACCAUGAAUGUCAACAAACGCCAGAAGCUUGUUGACAAGUUCAACGAUCCCGAGGGUUCCGAGUUCGUGUUUCUCCUGAGUUCCAAGGCUGGUGGAUGCGGUAUCAACUUGAUUGGCGCCAACCGUCUUGUGCUUUUCGACCCCGAUUGGAACCCUGCUGCAGACCAACAGGCCUUGGCACGUGUCUGGCGUGAUGGUCAGAAGAAAGAUUGCUUCGUUUACCGUUUCAUUGCUACAGGAACGAUUGAGGAGAAGAUCUUCCAGCGCCAGUCUCACAAGCAAUCCCUGUCGUCUUGCGUCGUCGAUUCUGCGGAGGACGUCGAACGCCACUUCAGUCUGGAUUCACUUCGCGAAUUGUUCCAGUACCAGCCCAAAACCACCAGUGACACCCACGAUACGUUCAAAUGCAAGCGUUGCAGGCCUGAUGGCAAUCAGCAUAUCAAGGCCCCUGCCAUGCUGUACGGAGAUACGAGCACUUGGAACCACUUUGUCAAUGAUGGUGAAAAAGGUGCUCUUGCAAAGAUUCAAGAUUUGUUGCUCAGGCAGGAGACUUCGGAGGAGGCAGUCAGUGCUGUGUUCCAGUACAUCAGCCAUUAG